CUCUAUAUCUACAGUAACGGAAUGUUUUACGCAUGCGGGAACUGGCAGGAACGUCCACGGGUCUCCCACGGCAAGGUGCAUUGCAUUCAGUGUAAUGUAGCUCUUGCCUUAAUUUUUUAUUUGAAUUUGAUGCAUUUGGGCAGGUGCCGGGUUACGGUAUGGGAGUCCCUGCUAACUUUCUAGGGUUAGUAAAUAUUAUGUGGUUUUAUUACUGGAUCAGGCCUGAAUAUCGAACUUUUCGUUAGAUUAGAAUGUUCUAAAGUUCUAACCAUUCUGGUCCGUAACGUACCUAAUCCGCAUUCCGCAUUCUGCAUCAUCAGCAGCCCGAUAUCAAACUUUCUAAAUCACAACGAAACCUCCAAAAAUCCGCCUUCGGCCGAGUCCUGCGACCACGAAUACCAACGUCCAUUUUCUUGCUCCGUUAAAUCUUUUUAUAAACCUCCUACCGAACGUUUUAGUGGGAUGCUACGCUGUCCCACAUCCAUGGUUUAAUUCGACGCACAGUCGAGCUUUCACUUUCCUACAAUCCAAGAUUCUCUAUCCAGUUCAACACACCAGUCAACCCACAACCAUGGACCGGUUGCCAUCGCCCGCGAGGCCUUCGAGUCGCUCCUCCAGUAUCGAAGUGUCUUUCCAUACUUACAGCCCCCCAUCACCCAGAAGCCGACGACAGUCCAAGUCAUCUUUUCAAGAUCCCCUGACGCCCUUACGCAAUAGUAUGAACGAAUCCGAGCUUAAUGACCUUAGCGGCGGUGGUAUGGGACAGGACAAUGGGCUGGGGAAUCUAGCGGAUGAAUUGGCAGACGCUUUGUCUGGCUCUGGUGAUGACGAGGAAUAUUACGAAGACGAAGAAGGGUCAUCACGCCUUGGUUUCGACCAGAAGAGAGACGAUGGUCGGGAUUCAGCAGAUGGGAUCAGAGAUAGCGGAGUUGACGUGGCAAGUCAGUCAGGCCAGCAUGGAAGAACUAAAAGCACGAGCUUGGGUAUACCUUCGCCCCCCGGGCGUGGACACCGGCGGACAGCAAGUGCCUACGAUGGGAGUGAAUAUGGUUCCGAAUCGGAUCUAGACUCGCCCGGCAUGCCACCAAGCCUAGUUGCCAAGAUCGAUGCUGUCGAAUCCUUGGCCCGAAGAGGCACUGAAAGCAACGGUGGACCUACUGAUGGCGUCUUCCAACGGUUAACAGACGGGCUCAAGGAUCUUGGGUCACAGUCUAGCGUAGAGGGAAGCACCACGAGAUUGAUUACCGCUCAUUCGGCCUUGGCAACACAUUUGGCACAUCAGACACGUCAAAUCCACAAUCUCACAUUCUCCUUACUAUCGCCACUAGUUACGCCUCCGGACCCUGAGACGAUCGACUCACUUUUACCACUGCUCACUUCCGUCUCGGACGAAAUGCCGCGACCUGCGACUUCGGCAUAUAACUCCUUAACUGCCUUGCAUUCUGUGACAUCCGACCUGGUACAAACCCUUAAUUAUCUCUCAGACACAUUGCACAUGUCACGGCAAACUACUACGACUGCUACGCGACGUCUAAGGACAGCUAAGGAGAUGGUGGCGGAGAUGAAACGAGAAGAAGAACUUAAAGAGGAAGGGGAGAGAUGGUUAACGAGAGGUAACUGGGGCGAGAGGUUGCAAAAGCGCGAAUGUGCUGGUGUAUGCAGAGAAGUUGUUGGAGGCUUUGAGGAAGUAUGUAACGGUUGGAGAGCACGUCUAUUAGCUCAGGCAGAGUCGGCAUAAGUGCUAGAGGGCGCGUCACACUACGAAGCAAGGAUCAUUAUUGUCUUCGAGAGGAGAGCCGGGUCUGACGUUGUAAUAUGUGGCUGGCGUGGCCUUACUAGAUCGGAUUUUCUUUUGUCAUUUCAGCAUUGCGGCGGAUACGUAUUGGUUGCGCUCAGAACCUGCACUUGGCGUUGAUAUUGGGUUCUUAACGGCUCUUAUAUCCACAGGGAUAGACGUAAAGACUUGCAAAGAAUUGCGGUGCUGGAUGAUGGUUUCGCCUCAGGAAUAUACAUGAUGGAUAAGUUCAUGUAUCCUCGAAUACGUGAUUUUCCAAAAACCCCUUUUUUCGCAGGAUCUAGCGGCUCUCCAAUCAUCUAGCUUCCCCGGAGCUUAUUCUCUUAGCAAGUUCGCCUAACAUACAAACCAUGGCAUUCACAUGAAGUUUAAGGGAAAUAAUAUCAGCUUUUGCUAUUGUCCAAGUCGAUAACACUUGGUGGCGGUAAAGUUGAAAAGAUAGGCGUCAAAUCAAAAGAAAUGAAUAUA